CGCGCACUUCGUUUCCACCGCUCGACCGCACGCGUUCGUUUUUCACUUCAUUACUUUUGCGUUAUUUUUACGUCAUUUCAUGAAGAUUUAUGAAACCAUUAAUUUUGGCCCAGGCGUUUGAGAAAAAAUGUAUACAAAUUUUUGUGAGUGAGUGAGUGAAAAGUGCUAAGACCCAUGGAAGCUGCAAUGAAAUCGUAGAAAUGUCCAGUCAGGCGGGAAAACUGCGGCCGGUUGGUGGUCCGUCGACCAAACCCGAUCGCAAUGCCAAUGAGGAGAACCAACUGGGCGCCAAGCCCAAGGGCCAAAGAACUGACAAUCAUCAGAGUCAACAGAAGAUGCUGCCACAUCCCAACUACAUGGAACUGGAGUUCCUACCCACCGAACCCACGACUUCGGGACAGACCACUGCCUAUCCGGAUUUACCAGUUAGCUAUGCUACUUGCUUGGUUGGUCCACCGCCGUAUAGAGAACCACCGCCACCAACUCCACCGCCUCUUUCGCAAAUGCCUUCGAGGCUGCUCCACUCCGCCCCCAAUACUCCGAGUCGUGGCAAGGUCGUUCUGAGCAAAAAGGAGCGCAAGGAACUAAGCAAACAGUUGGGAAUCGAUGAAUCCUCCAUUCUGAGCAGCAGUGCCCAAUCGAGUCCCUAUAAAGGGCGAGUGAGUGAACUCAAAAACUGCAUAGCUCGAGGGCUUUUUGCCACCCUUCAUAGAGGUUCACAGAAGUCCUUGCAACAGCAAGAGGAUAGACCAGUCAGUCAGGAAAUAUCACCACCUCCUCCGGCACCAGAAUCAGCAAAUAAUAAUGAAGAUGUCGCUGAUUACUCUGAGAAGCUAAAGAAUCUGCCGGUGAGACAACGAAAGGCUGCCACUUCCCAUAUGGAAAACUAUUGUCUCUUCGAUCCUGUUGAUUUCAUCAAUGAGAAGGCCAUGAGAUAUCCUAGUUCCCAAGCUCAUGGUUUGAGGGAUCCGCUUUUCAGCUCAAGACAACACUUGGUCUGCGAAGAUGAAGAUGAAAUGGUGCCGGAAGUUAUAUACGACAAUGAGGAACUGGAACUGGAGGAGACUAUCAUUAUAGAGACUUCAGCUAUGCCGGAAGCUGAGUCGGAGGCUGAACCGACACCUAAGACUGCAGAGAUCUUGGCCAGCUUUGACCACCACAACUACUUUAUCAUAGAACCAGGCGAUUUCUCUAUGGAUAUUGGCAUUCCAAAUCCUUAUACCAACGAACAGCUGGUGAAUGCCAAGCUAGAGCAGCAAAAUCUGGAGAAGUUAUUCAACGAACUGGAGAACACAACCAGUAUGUCCAAUAGUCAGGAGUCCAAGGAUACGGAAACCACUUCCACAGCCCUUGUGGAAUCCUCUACAUCCACUAAUUCUGCUAGUUCAGCAGGCAGUUGCUCUCUGGCCAAUCCUGCCCAGCAGUCAAUGAAGAAAAAGCUGACCUUUCUUAACCUUUCACCAUUUCGAAGUGGUAAAAAGUCCAGCGAUAAGAAUACUUCUGAGCAGCAACGAGCUAUCUCCGAGUUGGUCAGCACGGAUCACAUGUUGCACUUGCAACAGUUGUUGCAACAACAGCGAAAGGAUCAGAGAUCACACACAGUUCCCACGGAGUCCAACUAUGUGUUGUUCAAUCCUGGUCCAGUGCCCAGCCGGCAUGUCCAGUAUAAGAUACGGAAACCACGACCUUUGUCAACUCACAGCGAUGCGGAUAGUGGAUUUCUAUCGCCCUGCUCUCCGGAUGAAAUGAGGGCCAAUCCGGCCAUCUUGGUGCUCCAGCAAUGCGAUAGUGUCCAGGGAUAUAUGGAGAUAUACACAGACUGGGCCAACUACUACUUGGAACGUGCCAAAUCAAAGAAGAAAGUCACAGAUCUCUCAGCCGAUUGUCGAGAUGGACUGCUAUUGGCCGAGGUCAUCGAGGCAGUCACCAGCUUCAAGGUGCCCGAUCUGGUCAAGAAGCCAAAGAAUCAACAGCAAAUGUUCGACAACGUCAACUCGUGUCUGCAUGUGCUGCGAAGUCAGUCGGUCGGCGGCUUGGAAAACAUCACCACCAAUGACAUCUGUGCCGGUCGCCUGAAAGCCGUUCUCGCCCUUUUCUUCGCCUUGAGUCGCUUCAAACAGCAGGCCAAACAGACCAAGUCCAUUGGCGUUGGCUGCGGUGGCGGUGUGGGCACCUCGUCGACUCUUCUUGGGCUCGGUGUGGGCGGCGGUCUGAGGACUCCAGGAUCUAGCCUGCAUCAGGAUAAGAAUCAACAAGAACAGCAACAGCAGCAGCAGCAGCAACAAACUCCACAACAAUUGGCCCAAUCACUGGAAAACGGCAAUGAGAUGGUGAACCGACAAAUUGCGCCCGCCUAUGCAAAGGUCAAUGGCGGAACUGCCAUUCCACUGCCCGCCACCGUGAUGGUUCAACGGCGCUGUCCGCCGGAUAAAGUGCGUCCACUGCCACCCACACCCAACCAUACACCAUCGAUACCGGGCCUGGGAAAGAGCGGAAGUGAUUUCAAUUCGAGCCGUCCAAACAGUCCGCCCACCAGCAAUCACACUAUCCAGAGCCUCAAGAGCGGUAAUAACAACAGCCUGCGACCGCCGAGCGUGAAGAGUGGCCACCAGAGCGGCAUUCCGUCGCCGAGUAGUCCCCAGACAGCUCCCCAGAAGCACUCCAUGCUGGACAAGCUGAAGCUGUUCAACAAGGAGAAGCAACAAAAUGCAGUAAACGCGGCCUCGGUGGCCAGCAAAACGCAGAUACAGUCGAAGAGGACCUCAUCCUCCUCGGGGUUUAGUUCUGCACGCUCAGAGAGAUCCGAUUCCAGCCUGAGUCUGAAUGACGGUCAUGGUUCCCAACUGAAGCCACCCAGUAUUAGCGUGAGUUCCCAGAAGCCGCAGCCCAAGACCAAACAGUCCAAGCUUCUGGCUGCCCAGCAAAAGAAAGACCAGACGAACAAGGCAACCAAGCUGGACAAGAAGGAGAAGAGUCCGGCGAGGUCCUUGAACAAGGACGAAUCUGGGAAUGAGUCACGAAGCUCAACGAUGGGACGAACUGGCAAGGCUUCUUUGAUUCGAGGAGUGGGUGGUGUUGAGAAGAAUACACCCAAGACGGCCUCAAAGUCCUCGCUGCACUCCAAGUCCGAUUCGAAGAGCUCCUUGAAAGCGCCCCAAUUGCUCCAGAGUCCCAGUGGCGGUGGUUUACCCAAGCCAAUUGCCGCCAUCAAAGGCACCAGUAAGUUACCCUCAUUCGGUGGUGCUGGUGCUGGCCAUCCUCCAUCUGUGGAGACCCAGCAAAAUCAGCAUCAACCAUUGCUCAAACGCGAAACCAGCGACAUAUCCUCGAACAUAUCCCAACCACCGGUGGUUGAGCCACCACCCAACAGCACACAUAUCCUUCAGACGCCACCACCUCCUUACUAUGCGAAUAGUCAGCCAACGAGUCACAUAUCAUCGCAUGGUUAUAUGAGCGAGCCCAGUACCCCGCAGCACAGCUCGGGUAUAUAUGGUAGCAGUCGCCUUCCGCCACCGAAGUCCGCUCUGAGUGCUCCUCGCAAGUUGGAGUACAAUGCCGGACCCCAUAUACUAGCUUCACCAACGCACCACCAACGGCAGGGUUUGCCUAGGCCUCUGGUAAACUCGGCCCCCAAUACGCCCACCGCGUCGCCCAACAAGUUCCAUACUAUUCCCUCCAAGAUUGUGGGCACUAUCUACGAGUCCAAGGAGGAACAGCUGCCUCCACCACCAACAUCCACUGGAACUUCAAUACUGCCCAUGAGACCACUUCUCAGGGGCUAUAACUCGCACGUGACCUUGCCCACAAGAGGAUCACGUGGUGGCCAUCAUCCACAUCAGUCGUACUUGGACUUUUGCGAAUCGGACAUUGGCCAGGGAUAUUGCAGUGAUGGCGAUGCCUUGCGAGUGGGUAGCUCCCCGGGAGGAUCUCGAUUCCAUGACAUCGACAACGGUUACCUCUCGGAGGGCAGUAGUGGUCUAAAUGGGCCAAGUUCAUCCCCAGGCGGCAUAUCACAUGGAAAACACUUUCUCAGCAUGAUGCGGGCACGCACCCAACUGCCUACAACUAUCGAAGAACGAAUCCGCAAUAGUCGCGGCUCCUUGGACAGCAUUGGAACCGCCGCGAACGGCAGCUCAGCGGCCAGCCAGGCCAGCUCCAGCGGCGGCUCCACCACCACCCACGCCCACAACAACAACAAUAAUAACAACAACAAUAACGGAGUCGGCGGUAAAAUGGAUGGCAGUCCCCAUCAUCGGCCAGGAUCACGAAAUGGACGCGACAACUGGAGUAAAAUGCCGGAACCACUCAAUGGUCAGAAGGUGGACAAGUCGGAAAAGUCCUCACCUUCACGUCGCAGCAUGGGCGGCGGUGGGAGUGGCAGUUCCUCUAAGCAGGGCUCUCCAUCUUCCUCCUCGCGGACCAAAGGCGUACCGCCUAGUUUUGGCUAUGUAAAGCGGGCCAAUGGCAGUAUCGCUUCCACCGCUGAGCAGCAGAACAUCGCCAUGAUGAUGGCCGCCGGUGGAGCGGCAGCCAAUGGUCUCCCUUGUGGUCGUACUGCUCAUGUAUCGGCGGUUCCAAGGACAGCCAGCGGUCGUAAGAUUGCCGGUGGUACUCAAACUCUACCUAAUGAUAUGAACAAGCUACCACCUAAUACACAGCACCGAAGCUUCUCCUUGACCGGACCAACGGCCACUCAAUUGAGUCAGUCCAUCAGAGAGCGACUGGCCACCGGAUCGCAUAGCCUGCCAAAGCCCGGCAGUGAUUUGCAUGUGUUCCAGCACAGAAUCUCCAAUCGGGGAGGAGCACGUCACGAUGGAUCGCUUUCUGAUACACAAACCUAUGCGGAGGUCAAGCCCGAGUAUAGCUCUUAUGCCAUGUGGCUGAAGCACAGCAAUACGGCCGGAAGUCGUUUGUCCGAUGGUGAGUCCGUCGAACAGCUGCAGAUCGGUUCGCCGGCGAUGACCCGACAUGGUCACAAGAUGAUACACACCCGAGGUGGACCACCGGGUCAGAUGGCGGGUCAAAUGUCGGGCAACGAGUCGCCCUACGUGCAGAGUCCGCGUAUGAACCGCAGCAAUAGCAUAAGAUCCACGAAAUCCGAGAAGAUGUAUCCCUCGAUGCUGACUCGUGGCGGCGACGUGGAAAUCGAGCCGUACUACUGCCUGCCUGUAGGCACUAACGGUGUUCUCACGGCCCAAAUGGCAGCUGCCAUGGCGGCUCAAUCGCAGGCGGCGGCACAAGGCAACCCCGGCGUAGGCGUCAAUGUGGGAGGCGUGGCCUGGAGCCAGCCUACUUCACCUACACCCCUCAACCGCGGCCCCUUUAGCACAGCGGCAGCUGCCUCGGUUCUAUCACCUACCCAUGGUUCCACAUCAGCCGCAGGACUCGUGGGUUCUGGUGGGGGAGCGGGUGGUGCAAUGGUCGGACAUCGGCUCACAUAUCCCAAGAAGAAUGACGAAGUUCACGGCAGUGCCGCCUCCUUGCUGUCCGGGGGCAGUUCCUUAUACGGAAACGCCGAGGAGCGACAGGCGCAUGAAAUUCGGAGGCUGAAGCGCGAACUGCAGGAUGCCCGGGAUCAGGUGCUCAGCCUGAGCAGCCAGCUGUCAACCAAUGCCCAUGUGGUCACCGCCUUUGAGCAAUCGCUGUCCAACAUGACCAACCGACUGCAGCAACUGACGGCGACGGCGGAGCGAAAGGAUGGCGAACUGACGGACAUGCGGCAGACCAUCGAGUUGCUGAGGAAACAGUCUAUCCAGGCGGGAUUGACCACGGCGCACAUGCAAAGCAUGGGUGUCCAGACCCAGGGUCAAGGUCAAGGCCAGGUUCAGGGUCAGCCUGGAUCAGAUCAGAAGCCACCGGCUUCGGGGGCCCAACGCACCAUUAAUGCCAACAAUGGCACUAUGACCCUGGGAAUGCAACGUCAACAUAGCACUGACUCCAUGUGCUCCUUGAACUCCAUCAGUUCAGGUUGCUCGGCUGCCCAGGAUAAGAACAAGGCCAACAAAAAGAAGGGCUGGCUAAGGAGCAGCUUUACAAAGGCAUUUUCCCGCAAUGCCAAGAUCUCCAAGACGAAUCGUCAUGUAGGUCAUUAUCAUCAUCACAACCACUCUCAACAAGAGAUGGCUUCGGGAAAAAUUCCACUCCCCAACGGUCAUGGUGAACCCUUGGGCCUGGCUUCCUUGGCCACCCAACCUGCACCUCCUUUGCCUAACAGUAAGCAGAGCAGCCCAGCCAAAACCCUCACCCUCAUAGACAAUGCCAAACCCAUCGAUGCAAUCGAGCAGGAGGAUCAGCAGGUUGUGGAGGAUCUGAAGAAGCAGUUGCGAGAGAAGGAUCUCGUUCUGACUGACAUUCGCCUGGAAGCUUUGAGCUCGGCCUCCCAACUGGAGAGCCUCAAGGAGAUGAUGAACAAGAUGCGGGCGGAAAUGAUGUCCCUGAAGCACAACAAUGAGCGUCUUCAGAAACUGGUCACCACUAGAUCGUUGGCUGGUUCAGAGGCCAGUUUGGGGCAGGCCAUAAGUCCUAAUGGAUCUGUGGCUGGCAGCUCUGAAGUCUCAAGACGCUAUUCCCUCGCCGAUGGCAAUAAUCGCCCACCCAUGGAACUCCCAGCCCGCCUGAGUGAGGAACUGGAACUGGAGGAGGAUUGCUUGCCACCGGCUCCCGCUCCCGAACCACCACCACCCCCAGCUCCAAUUGGCGUGAAUGUGGCUCCUCUUAGUCCCAGCACCCACAUAGAUUUGACACCACCGCCUCCAGCUUUGGAAGCGGUUCCGCUGGCUAGUCCAGUUCACAUGGCCAGUGCCACUGAGGAGUUGGCCGAUGUGUGCGAUGGCAAAAAGAUAGCCAUUGCCUGUUAUCUGGGACAACCGGAGGCGUUUUCGAAGUACUGCGAAGAGUUGCAGGAACUCGAUGGCUUCUAUGCAAAUGGCCAUGAGGCGGAUGCGCAAUCUCAAAACGAGAGGAAGUCCAACUAUGCCAGUGCAAGUUGCAAUGAGUUCGUCAUAGCCUGCACUUACAUCUCGGGCAAGACGACUUGGCAGAACCUGGACUACGUGGUGCGCAAAACCUUCAAGGACUAUGUGGCCCGCAUAGAUCCUGGUACUAAUCUGGGUCUCAAUACCGACUCUAUCACCUCAUAUCAUCUGGGAGAGGCUAAGAGAGGUCCAGAGAUGGGAUUCCCGGAACUACUGCCGUGCGGUUAUAUCGUGGGCAGUGUGAGAACUCUUUAUAUUUGCCUGCAAGGAGUGGGAAGUCUAGCAUUUGACAGCCUCAUCCCGCGCAGCAUCGUUCACCGCUACAUCAGCUUGCUCACGGAGCACCGUCGUCUGAUCCUGUGCGGACCCAGUGGAACUGGAAAGUCCUAUCUGGCUCGCCGACUGGCCGAGUUCCUAGUAGCCCGCGCGGCAAAAGGAAAUCCCUCAGAGGCCAUUGCCACAUUCAAUGUUGACCACAAAUCCUCGAAGGAUCUGCGUCAGUAUCUUGGGCACAUCGCCGAACAGGCUGCCAUUGCCAAUGGAGCCUCCGAGCUUCCCUCUGUGAUUAUUUUGGACAACCUGCAUCAUGCCUCCGCCUUGGGAGAUGUCUUCUCCUGUCUCUUGAGCGCCGGACCGGCCAACAAGCUGCCCUGCAUCAUUGGCACCAUGUCGCAGGCCACUUGCAACACCACUAACCUGCAGCUGCACCAUAAUUUCCGCUGGGUCCUUACAGCCAAUCACAUGGAACCGGUGAAGGGCUUCUUGGGCCGCUUCCUGAGACGUCGGCUCUUCCAGCUGGAACUGCAGACUCAGCAUCCUCAGCCUGAAUUGGCAGCAGUUCUGGCCUGGUUGCCCUCUGUGUGGCAGCACAUCAAUAGAUUUCUGGAGGUGCACAGCUCCAGUGAUGUAACCAUCGGUCCAAGGCUGUUCCUUGCUUGUCCGCUGGAUCUAAAGGACUCACAAGUAUGGUUCACCGAUAUCUGGAACUACCACCUGUCGCCAUAUCUGGUUGAGGCGGUUCGUGAAGGAGUGCAGCUCUAUGGACGACGAGGUGGCGCCUGGAACGAUCCAUCCGCCUUCAUCAGGAACUCUUAUCCCUGGCCAUACGGUCCGGAUUCAGUGCCCCCAUUAAGACAAAUCAAUGCCGAGGAUGUGGGACUCGAAGGCGUUGCUUUGACCAACGGGGAGCAGCAGGAUCCAUUGCUCAACAUGCUGAUGCGCCUACAGGAGGCAGCAAACUACUCGGAGGCUCAGGAUCAGGAAUCCGAUUGCGCCAGCCUAGACUCGAAUGUCACACCCGACAGUUCAGCCGGUGCCGAGUGAACAGCUAUAGAAACCAACCACUUCGUACAUGCCAAAUUUAGAUGGACUAACUAAGAAGAACACGCUGGUCGAGGGCCUACUGCACCUAACUAACCAGGAUUACUUUUCCCCGCACAAAUGAGACUACUUGCACUACUUUCGCAGCCAGGUUCUAAAGCAGUUCCAAGAGUUUUCCAUUUGCACCACAUCACCAUCAUCCCAACUAUAACCACCCCCUGCCAUCUAGAGUAAAUUGCACUUUUUAGCGCACUUGUUAAAAAUGCAAAUUGUCCAAGAACCCCCCAA